AAAUCGGCAAUAGUUCCAACUUUUGCAAAUAAAACUGAUUACCUGGCUUUACUUGACUUCAAAAAUCGAAUAACUCAAGACCCACUUCAAAUCAUGAGCUCAUGGAAUGACUCCAUACAGUUCUGCAACUGGUUAGGUGUUACAUGUAGCCCCUCUAGUAAGCAAGUCAUUGUUUUGGACUUGGAAGCUAAGAGAUUGGUUGGCCCUAUGCCACCCUCUUUGGGAAACCUUACUCACCUCAUAGGAAUCAAUCUACGAAACAACAGAUUUUAUGGAGAAAUUCCUCAAGAAGUGGGACAUCUACAGCACCUGCAACAUCUCGAUUUGAGUGUGAAUUCCUUUGGUGGUAAACUUCCACCUAAUCUGAGCUCCUGUUCACAACUUAGAGUGCUUAAUAUUACUUACAACAAUCUUAUUGGGCAAAUUCCACACCACCCCAACUCAUUGUCAAAGUUGGUGUAUCUAUCUCUUGAUGUGAAUAGCCUUACAGGAAAUAUCCCAGCUUGGAUUGGGAACUUUUCUUCUUUGUAUGGUCUUGGUCUUUCCAGGAACAAUUUUCAAGGAAGCAUACCUAGUGAACUUGGCCGUCUACCAGGCUACGGACUUUUUCAGCUUUCUCAGAAUUAUCUGUCUGGUACCAUCCCUCCCCUGAUCUUUAAUAUUUCAUCCAUAUUAUUUUUCUCUAUCACUCAAAACCAGCUACAUGGAAGCCUUCCAAUAGAUGUCGGUCUUACUCUUCCUAACCUUCAAAUAUUUUAUGGCAGUUCGAACAAUUUCAUAGGACCUAUUCCCGUAUCACUGUCAGAUGCUUCUCAACUUGAAGUCCUUGACCUUCCUAAAAAUUCUCUGACCGGGACAGUGCCUAAAAAUCUAGGAAGCUUGCAAGGAUUGGUUACACUUUAUUUUGAAGCCAAUAGUCUUGGAUAUGGGAAAGAUGGUGACCUGAAAUUUCUCAAUUUCUUGUCUAAUUGUACUGGUUUGGAGAUCUUGGGUCUUGCUGUUAAUUAUUUUGGAGGACUAUUGCCCAGCUCCAUAGCCAACCUUUCCACCCAGCUACAAAUUCUUACUUUGAGUGAGAAUAUGAUCCGUGGUGACAUCCCUGUUGGGAUUGGGGACCUCGUUAACUUAAAUGUUCUGGUAUUAGAAUAUAACUAUUUGGGAGGAGCACUACCUUUUGAAGUGGGAAACUUAAUAGAUCUUGCCAAGUUAGAUCUUUCAAACAAUAGAUUAUCAGGCAAAAUUCCCACCACCCUUCAGACUUGUAUUAGUUUGGAGCAUUUGUAUUUGGAUGGAAAUUCAUUUGAAGGAGAAAUUCCUCAAUUCUUGAAGAACUUAAGAGGUUUAGAAGAUAUAGAUCUUUCUCGUAAUAGAUUGUUUGGGCAUAUUCCUGAAUUUCUUGGCAAGCUUUUGGCUCUUAAGUAUCUCAAUAUUUCUUAUAAUGAUUUUGAGGGUGAAGUGCCAAGUGAUAGAAUUUUUGCAAAUGCAAGCACAAUUUCAAUAUUUGGAAACGAUAAGUUAUGCUGUGGUGUCCAAGGAUUACAUUUAUCUACAUGCUCAAAAUCAACAAAUAGGUUUUUUGAGAACAACUUGGUUGGUUCAGGUAGCUUUGGCUCUGUAUACAAAGGAGUUCUUUCUAGAAAUGGCGCAAUUGUUGCAGUUAAAGUAUUAAACCUUCAACAACAAGGAGCUUUGAAGAGUUUUAUUAAUGAAUGCAAUGCUUUGAGAGAUAUACGUCUUAUGUUCAUUGGGAAAAGACCUACCGAUGAAGUGUUUAAAGAUGGUCAGAACAUUCACACGUUCAUUGCAAUGGCUUUGCCUGAACAUGUCAUUGAUAUAAUUGACCAGUUAAUGUUCUUUGAAGAGGAUGAAGAAGAAGUUGAUGAUACAAGAAAUGAAGAAGACGUAGAAGGAAGAGCAAUAGUCAAAGAAGAGAAUCUGCAUGUCAAUGUUAGUAGCAGAAUGAUAGAUUGCUUGAUGUCAGUGUUCCAAAUUGGAUUGUCCUGUUCUGCAAGUUCACCAAAUGAGCGGAUUCGUAUAAAUGUUGUUGUCAACGAAAUGAUAGCAAUUAGAGGCAUUGUUCAUAAAUUAAAGAAGGGGAGGAGAAGAGCUAGUGGUUGUCUUAUGAUCUUAUCCUCUUGUGCUGCUGCCUCUUCUGAUCUUGAAGACAAAUUUAAAGAAGAAGAGGUGGAGGAGGUGUAUGAUGAUGACAUUAUGGAGGAGGACCCCUCUGAAAUUGAAAUUGGGAAUCAAGUAACACCUGUUGGCUCAUCAUGCGCUUCCAAAGAAGCAGUGGAAGCUGCUAUAAAGCUUUUCAAUUCUGUUCGUGUAGAUAAUAUCAUACCACUCGGUUCAGCAAUUAGUUUAAAAAAAAUGGAGAUCUCAGAUCAGCAUCAUCUUAAUUUGAUGGAGCGAAUACUUCCAAGAGUUAUAAUGAUAUGA